CAAACAACAAACGAAGUGGCCCGUGAAUGUUGAGACUGUUCACCUGAAAUCUGCCCCGUCCAGGUCGCAGCCAGUCUCCACCAUCGCCAUUGGCGACUGCCGACGCUUUGCUAUUUGACCAAUUCGUUUUGUAGAAGCCAAUCUCGACCACUUCCUGCCACCUGCAUUUCUUGACAAGCCAACAGAAGUCGCCGCAGCAUCAUCGCAGGCACGCAUCGCAGCUACCAUCACAAGCAUCGACAAGAUGGUGAAGGACACGAUGGAAAACGACAAGAAAACACAAGUUAUCGCCAGCGAUCCAAUUGCCCCACCUCCCGCGCCGUCGCCCCCCAGAAACGGCAACACCUCCUUCGUCGCCAUGCCCGACGACUGUCCUCCAGAGUGCCCACAAGAAGACCAUGUCAAGGUGGAUGACGAAGCCCACGAAGAUGUCGACGACGACACCAAGUCCGACUCAUCAGAGCUAGAAUACUUUGACUUGGACAGCGACCACCUCACUACUCCCAUUGAGUCUCUUGACGACUAUGGCCCCGGCGGCUUUCACCCCGUUCACCUGGGCGACACCCUCGGUCCCCUCUCUGACCCGUCACGUUUUCGCGUCCUCCACAAGCUCGGUCGUGGCGGCUAUGGCACCGUCUGGCUCUGUCGCGAUACCAAAGACGGCAAGCCGAAAGCGCUCAAGAUUCUUUCAGCUGACGCAUCGGAAAAAGCGGCGAAGGAGUGCCCCGACUUAAAAGCCCUACAACUUCUCACUCGUGCCGACUCCUACAAUACGAACCUUUCCCCUCAAGCUCACACAACUGCCGAAGACCUUCUAAGAUACACCAACGGCUAGACUGGCCGACAGUAAAAUAUAAUUAUAGAAGUAGACCCCUACAUCACCUUGUACGUAGGUAAGCAAUGGGGAUAAUAAGGUAAAGAACUUCUUCUCUAAAGUUAUAUUUACUUUAAGAAGGUCUAAUAUAAUAAGAAAGAUUUAAA